AUGCCAUCGGACUGCAAGCAAGCAAGGCAUGCCAAACGGCCCACUGGUCUGGGCGGGCACCACACACCACGUUAUUGUUAUAAAGUCGCAUUCAAACAGACUACAACGACGAACGGUGGGUCUGGUCUGUUCUUUAAAAAAAGCGUGGAUCGAUCGAUCGAAGAUCAUGGUGGUCAAGGCUCGGGGCUAGUGAAAGGUUCGAAGGAUUGUCUGACUGCAUCGUCUGAGUCUGCAAUAGAGGAUAUUCAGCCAGCCAGCCAGUCAGUCACAUCGAUUCAAAGUUCAAGGUUCAACAUCGACUUCAUCGAUCGAUGGAUGGAUGCGUUUGAUUCUGAUCUUGAAAGGGCGGUGACGAGGGCUGCCAGCGCAAUAAUACGGAGUAAUAAUCCAAUCCCAUCCUCAGAAGUCAGCAGGACUGGACUUCAUGGUUGCAACUUGCAGGGCCUGGGGCCGAAUCCAGAUACGCAACGAUGCUCACGAUCAGAGAUUGAUGCUGACCUCAACGCCAGCCUCGUGGAGGAGGUGGUGGCUGGGAGGGAAGACGAGCCGACGCAGCAGGCAGGUCGAGCCGGGCGAACGUCCAGGUACCUGUCUGGAUCCCUCAGUCGACAAUUUGAUUCAGCACGGACGAGAGUAGCAGGUACCGGAUUAUCUCACUCAUUGCCCAUGUUUGACUGCAUCCAUGGUCAGAUUCAUGCCUGUACCUACGUUAGGUCUGGACACUCGAUUCUAGCUCUUCUUGGUUGUGCCAGCGCAGCAGCCAGACUGGCCGCACGCGGAUGGUCGACGUCAUGCAGCGUCCAUUGUCCUCCGCCAGCAGCCGCCGGCCCUGCGCCAGGAUUGGCCGCUGACAAUACAGGCUCCACCGGCCUGGAGGACGGCCGCGUGCGAUUGGCCAGCUGCGGCACUAGCGGCCAGCCGGGCUGGCCCGCCACUGGCGCAGCUGCACGCUCGGCCAGCCCAGGCCAUCCCUGA